AUGGAGGAGACCAUCAGCAAGAGGCUGCAUGUCUCUGGCCUAACACCAGCUAUAACUCCAGAUGAUCUCUCGCAGCGAUUAGGCGGUUUUGGCAUCGUUAAGGCACUCGACGGCUUUAACCUGGUUGAUGCAGUAGGCCAACCGAGAAAAUUUGGGUACGUCACUCUCGAGACGACCAAGAAACAGCUGGGUCGAUGUAUGAACCUCCUCAGUGGCGUUACUUGGAAAGGCGCAAAACUCCGCAUUGGAGAGGCAAAACCUGACUUCCGCGAGAGUAUUGCAUUGGAGCAUGCCCUCCUUAAAUGCACUGCAGAAGAAAAUGAGGGCCCUCAGCGAAAACGGCGCCGCCUACCCCGCGGGGUUCAGGGAGUGCAUGCCACAGAUAUGUCGCUAGUUACAGCCGAAAACGUUGCAUCCCGACCUGGAUGGCGCGUAACUCCAACAGGGCGGCUCAUCCGUCCUAUCCGAAUGCGGCCAGAUCACCCCUUACCAGACCCACUGCCUAUUGGCGGCGGUCCGAGAAAGGGCGAAAACAUAAAGGACAACAAAGGAAAACUGAAGAAACGUCUGAAGGAUCCGCCAAUACGUGCAAGGAAACGAACCAUCGACCCGACAAGAUGGGGCGCGCAGCAUUUGAAGGGCGCCUUUUUAGACUCUGUAGUUGCGGACGAUGCCAUGGACAGCAGUGCACAUAGAUCCAUCACCAUACGACAAAAUAUUUAUGCGACCUCUGACGUCCACACGGAAACUAGUUCCGAAGGUGAGAGCCUUGAGGAAGAAACACGAGAUAAUGGCGAGCCCGCAAGCAUACAAGUAUCCGUGAAACAAGGUUUUACGUCCCAACCAGAAUCCGCCCUUCCUCGUGUGAUACGCCAAUCUUCACACAAUCUGGUCCAAUUUGGGGAACAGGAUGAUCUUGAACGAGAGAAGCAAAGAUCACUUGGCCUGCUUCAGGCACUAUUUGGAGAUCAAGACGAAAAUUGGGGUAGUCAAGAAAGUGUUGAUUCGGACGUCGAGAUAAACGAUUGGACACGGCAGGCAAAUAGUUUUGUCCCGAUGGACGCCCCUGUGCAGGGAGACGAAAGAACUGAAGUUACUAUGGAUCUAGACGAUCAGGAUAUCUCUACCAACGCAGUCGCCAGUAAAGAGUCUCCAAGGCCGCCAACUGUUGUGCCUAUGCAAACAACAAAAUUGAAAGAUCUUUUCGCUCCAAGGGAAGAAGAUGCUGGAUUCUCGUUGCUCGGACAUUUGAACGUGGAUCUCGAGCUCGAUGACACCAUUGAUUUAGAAGCACCCGUUCAACAGGUAUACUCAGCGCCGACACGUGCUAACGUUCCGCUUAUUCUGCCCUCAAUUCCUGCAUUCGACCUAAAACGCCCACUAUUCUUCCCGUUAUCGCCGGAAGAGAGUCGAGGACGGACACGCCAUGCGCUGGACCCGACAGAUUGGCGGGCUUGGUUUUAUCGCACGGACAGCACGGAAGAUAUUCAGAAGCGAUGGGAGGAGACCCGGGGUGAGCUAACGAGUGGUUGGAAAAGGAGACAUCGAGAGGCCAUCAAGAGUCGUCGUCGUCGGGGUGGACUUGGAGAUGGGGAUAUUUGA